AUGCGUUCAGGAUUUCUAUAUUAUAUACUAAUUAGUACAGGCCUACUAUUUGUGAUGAUCACUUAUUUACUUUAUAAAUAUGAUUACUAUAUGUAUCAUGUCAUAAUGCAUAUAACUAGUACAAAAUCAUCUUCAAUGAUUAUUGGGAAUUUUAUUUUGAUUUUAGUUUUACUAUUUAGUAAAAUGAUACUAUCUUUAUUUAUAGGUCGAUUAAGGGAUAUAGAGCUGGAGGACAUUAUAGAGCAAGGUCGUGGAUUUCUUGUGGAUACAGUUUUAUUUUUACUUAUUAGUAAUCCCACAAUUGACAACAAGGAAGUAGGUCCUUUGGUAUUGACUCGCUAUAUAACUAUAAUAAUUGGAUUAAAGAUGCUUCAUCUAGUUGCUCAUAUACGUGUAAGUCAUAUGUUUGAAUUAGACCGUCCUAGAACUAAAAAUAUAAUUCGUAUUGCAGCAUUAAUAAGCAUACUUAUGAUAUCUGAUAUAGUAUCAGUUUUUCACUACUAUAAUUUGUUAUCAAAAGGCUCAUCUCUACGAUUAUGGUUAUUUUUUGAAAAUAUUACUAUGUUAUCUUCAAGUAUAGUGUCAAUGGGGAAAUAUUUGGUACAUAUUUUUGAUUUAAGACUACAAAAUUUACAAAUAUAUCAAAUAAAUUUUAAUAGUGAUAAUAGUAGAUUUGAAGUCCCUACAAAUGAUCAUCUUAAUCAAUCUUUGAAUAAUCAUGCAUUUAUUUGGACUAAUAAAAAUGCCAUUUUAUUUUAUCUAGACAUUAUUGGAGAUGUGACUUCACUUUUAACUUAUUUGGUAUUUGUAAUUAUAUUUUUUGCACUUAACCCAUCUAGGGUUCCUUUAUAUGUUACUGGAGAUGUUUUCCAAGUUAUACGGGCUUUAUAUCAGAAAAUAUCUUCUUUUAGAAGAUAUCGUAAAUUAACUAAAAAUAUGGAGACCAAAUUUCCAGAUGCCAAUCUAGAAGAUAUUGAACGUGUAGAUACUUGUAUAGUUUGUAGAGAUUUAUUAUAUAUUGGAUCAAAAGUGUUACCUUGUGGUCACAUUUUUCAUUUGGACUGUUUAAAAUCUUGGUUAAUACAGCAGCAGACUUGUCCAACCUGCAGGGCUACAAUCCCAAUAACUACAAAUAAUCAGGAACAAAAUACCAGUAAUAAUAGGAUGAAUAGUACGGUGACAGUAAAUGAUUCUGAAACACAAAUUGGAACAGAUAAUUCAAAUAAUAUAAAUAGUUGGGAGGGUUCAAAUAACAGCUUAAUACAAGGAAAUGAAAUUUCAAAUUUCUCAACCAGAGAACCUUCAUGGAACUUUCAAAAAAGUGGAAGUUUUGGACUUAAUAAAUUUACUCAUAUUAAUAAUAGUGAAGAAACAAUUGAAUUUAAUAAUGAGUCGUCAUCUAGCAACAAUAAUCAGAGUUAUGAACCUAAAAAAACUAGUGAACAUGAAAAAGUAGUAUCUCAACAUCACUUGUUAACUAGGAAUCUUAGGGACUUACAAAUUGACUCACCUAUUAGGAAUUUUUAUCAAGAAAAGUCUAUGAAUUGUAUUAAAAAACGUUUUGAGAAAUUAGAAGCUUCUACAUUUCCAGAUAUUUUAACCUCUCAAAGUAUAUUACCACCUCAAGCUCUGUCCUUUCAACCACAACUACUUCUAAAUGUAAAUAAAACCUUACUUCAAGAUAAUAUAUUUGAUGAUCCUAAAUUUGUAUAUAGGAUGUGCGAAAUGUAUAGAAAAAAUACUCUUAUAUGGCAAAGGAAAAUUUCUGAAUUAAUUGAAUCUAAUUUUAUUUCAAAAUAUGGAUUUCCAUUUAACGAUUUAAACACUGAAAAUGUAAACAAGGAACAAUUGGGAGCAUUAUUAAAAGCCGUUAGAUGUCAAAAGGAAGAUAUGGAGAAAUUAGAAGUUCCAUAA